ACAGAAAAUGGCAGUGAACAAGAGGAAAGCUAGAAUGUCCAGCGUUUUCCCCACAGAUAUGAGGGGUCCUCCUGGCCACUGUAUGUCAUGUGGUCAUACAUGUGCUGGACAUGCCGUUUGGAAUCCCAAGUUCUGUGUGGUCACGGACUAUCAAAUGCUGCUGCUGGAUAAGGAAGAGAUACACCCUCUACUUCUGCAGGAGAAGAGGACUGACACCUGUAAAUCCAGACUGCUGCGCCGCACCAUCAGUGUACCUGUGGAGACACAGUUUCCAGAAUUCCAAUGCCAUCUAUCAGUGGACAACAAGUCUGGAAGCCUGGUUGGCUUUCUCCAACCUGUCGUGCUGGCUAGUCAGGAUGAUCAGACUCAGCUACAUGAUUCAAUGGCACCUGUUUUACCUGUUUUUAAGGAAAUUGCAGUCCUUCUAGAGAAGGACGCGAUAGAGCCUGUCCCUCCAGUCGAGAUGAAGAGGUUUUACAGCCCCUACUUUAUCAUUCUGAAGAAAGGCGGUGGGUUUGUGGACCUGCAAGCUUAG